AUGAACGGUGCUGUAAGAACCGCCGUCAAGGUUUCCGGCGACCACAAAACAACACCGUCGAGCUUAGAUCUUAACGGCGGCAUCGGAGUAACACCUCCUUACAAUUCAUCCUAUGUCUUGGCCACCAGAUCAUCCAGGCAAGUUCUCUCUUACUGGACUUGUUCAAAGCUCUGUGCAAUUUUCUUUGUUGGUGGAGUUGUUUUUGGUUACACUCUCAGAGGACGCGUUAAGCGUUGGGCUUCCAAAAUUCUCAAGAAGCUUAACUGA